AGAAUUGAUUGCAGUUUUAGUUGCAUUAGAUUCCAAAUUUAGGUGGGUGUGUUCGACCGUGCCGAGUUUUAUAAUAAACACGCAAAAUCAUUAUUUGAUGAUUCGGCGGCGCGGAGGAUGAGUGGGUAGCCUGGGGUGGGUGGAGACCUCAUCCCACAAUCAUCGGGGAGACCGGGGUUGCAGCAGCGAGUGCAAGCCUCAGUGUGCCGGGCAGGGCUGCUGACUACGCGUGCUUUACCAACUACGCAUCGCGAAAAAACACCCAAAAAAAACAAAAAAACCAUCAAAAAUAUAAAAAAAACUUUCGAAACAAAAAUAAAAAAACGGCCUAAACAAAUCCAAAAAUAAUAAACCAAUAUUUGGUUCCAAAAUUUUUUGAAUUUCCCAACGCAUGCGUUGAAGCAGCCGCCUUUCACAUUCACGGAAAUAGUUUUUAUGCAAUAGACUUUAUUAGUAUCCACAUAAUCAGAUAGUUUUAAGUGACUAAUAUACCGUAUUCAGCAACACUUGAACUCACAAUAGACUAACAACCAGUUUUCGUUUCUACAACUUAGUGUUAAGAGCAACUAGAGGCAGUUCGGCUCGGAUCCGUCGUGAGGGCUUAUAUCAGCGACCAUCCGGGAAGACCUUCCAAAAUAAGAAGGACAACGUCAAGAAGACCCAUGGGUCGCAGAAGAAUACCAUGGACAUCUUCUAGAAGGAACCACCAAUAAGUUAAAUGCGGAAGAGGCUAAAGAAGAUCAAGAUUUCAUAGCAAAGGGGAAUCUAGCCAACAAAGAAUAACAACUAUCGCCAUUUGACGAUAAAGAAACACGUUUUUUCGCAAUAGAACAAGUUUUACGUUUAUAUCAACCGUUAUUACAAGGAAACAAUAGAAAAGAAGAUUUAAGAAUUUGAGUUCUUUAAUUACAUUUAAACAACACUGGUUAAUUUUGGAACUUUACGAUUGAUUUACUUUGAGUUUUAUACGCAAGACUCUCUAUAUAUAUUAUCUAGUGAAUAAAUUUAGUGAAAGACUCUGGACUAAAGGUUAAGGCUAAGUGAUAUUUGAACAUUUGGCAAAUAGUUUUGGAAUAUUUCGACCAAUUUCAUCUUCCGAUCAGACUGCAGGGGAUGAAGACAAAUUAAGAAACAAAAAACUCGUGCCUUGAUUCGGCCUUAAAUUAGUAAAAGGGUAAGAUAAAAUUACGCCAAACUAAUUCAAAUAUUAAAAAAAUUCAAAUUUACCAAGUUUACCUACUCGUUGAAACGACUUCUAGAUUUCUUUAAUAGUACAAAAUUAAGAUAAAAUUAACAUUAAGAAUUAGUUAAAUUAUUGUGUUAUUUCGAUACCUGUAACGUUUUAUAUGAGUACUUAUAAAAUUUAACGGGCUAUAUAAAUAACAACAAAGACAAUACUAUAGACAUCCGUACAAAUAAUAUACACAAUAUUGUUAACAAUCAAGAAUUUAUUAAGAAAGAAGAAGGGAAGACAGAAGAGGAAAUUACAACAUCUUCUUCCAGUUGCUAUCCAGACUGAAAACUGCGCGCUUUCCACUCAAGAUUAUAUCAAGUGCGAAGACCGCGCGCAUGAAUUUGUGACGAUACGACCAAAACUGGAAUUCAUGUUGAAAUACUUCAAUGAGAACAUAUCCCUAGCGCUCCAGGAGAGGUAUAGGGACCUCCAUGAUUAUCGGAAGACGGAAGUAGAGGAGGGGUCACCGAGGGAGGCGAAAGUACCGAAAAUAGCUGAAGAAGGUGACCAGGUCGGCGGCGAAGGCGCGUUCGAAGCGAGCGCCGCGCCGCCGUUCCCUCGCCUCCUGGAGCAGCCGAAAGACGAAGAUAACUUCGUGGCCUCGUGGCUUCAGAACUCCUUUAAGAUGACGGCCGCUGAGAACAACGAAGCAUCAGCGGGAGGGAGCGCUCUGGACUUGCGGGCAGCACCUCUGUCCCUUCAUAUUCCUGCGAUCCAGCAAGGGGAGCAGAGGUUCAAGAUGCAGGACUUCUGGAACCGCAGCCGGCCCGGCACGCCGGCCCAGGAGCCGGAGCUGCCGGGGCCGGCGCCGACCCCGCAGCCCCCGGCCACGCCGGACCAUAAGAUCAUCACCGAGAAACUGGUCAAUGAGAUUCAGCAGCAGCAAUCGCCCUCGGCCGACUCCACCAUGAGCGAGCGAUCGCUCGUACCGUUUGCGCUGCCGCAGCAGCAGUCGCCGACCGGCGACGCGCCGAUGGGCGACAGGAGCAUGUUGCCCUUCGCAUUGGUAAAUUUCCUGAAUAGCCUCAAUAUCGAUCAACAAGCGAGAUCGGGCCAGAGCAUCAGCGAGAGGACGCUCGAGGAGUGCUGGUCAACGCUACAGCGAAUCUUCAUGCACAAGAACGCAAUGCAAAUGCACGCGCGCGAGCUCCAGCGGGGCCUGGGCGGGGAAGUGAAGCCGCACCAAUGCCAGCAGUGCCUCAAGAGCUUCAGUUCCAACCACCAGCUGGUCCAGCACAUCAGGGUCCACACGGGGGAGAAGCCCUACAAGUGCUCGUACUGCGACAGGCGGUUCAAGCAGCUCAGCCAUGUGCAGCAGCACACUAGGCUUCAUACAGGCGAACGCCCCUACAAAUGCCACCUCCCCGACUGCGGGCGCGCCUUCAUCCAGCUGUCCAACCUCCAGCAGCACCUCCGCAACCACGACGCCCAGGUGGAGAGGGCCAAGAACCGCCCCUUCCACUGCAACAUCUGCGGCAAGGGGUUUGCCACGGAGAGCAGCCUUAGAACGCACACGGCCAAGGAGCUUCAGCUGCACCUUGGUGUUUUGCAGCAACACGCCGCCCUCAUGAUAGGGGGCGCCACCGCCACCCCCUGCCCCAUCUGCCACAAGGUCGUGUUCGGGGGCGAAGCCCUCGUUGAACACAUGAAGAACACCCACAAGGACCCCAACGCGUCCGGCGUUGCGAGCCCCCCUGCCACGUCACCGUACCCUGCGCAAGCUAAACCAACUGAUCCUUAUGUAGCCAAGCGGCGGACGGCGAACCACCCAUGCCCGGUAUGCGGGAAGCACUACGUGAACGAGGGUUCACUCAGGAAGCACCUCGCCUGUCAUCCGGAGACGCAGCUGACCAGCAGUUUGAGGAUGUGGCCGUGUUCUGUAUGCCAGGCCGUGUUUACGCAUGAAAGUGGUCUCCUGUCCCAUAUGGAACACAUGCGAAUGGAGCCCAAGCACCAGUUCGCGGCGCAGUACGUGCUGUCCCGCGCCGCCGCCGAGCGCCGCGAGCGCGACCUCCUCGCCGCCGUGUCCUCCGCGGGGGGCUCGGGGCUCCUCAACCUCGCCCCUCCGUCCCCGGCGCACUCCGACUCUUCCUCCAACGGCAGACUCUCCUCCUCGGCCGGCUCCGACGGAGGAGCAGCUGUCAACAAGCUCACAGACCUACUCCGCUCCGCCAGCAACGGACACCAAGCGUACGGCGACGAAAGAGUCGCCGCAAUCGCUGCCGCCGCCGCGAACAUGAUGGCUCAACCUGGCGAAGGCGCGAACGCUGUACAAGUCGCUGCAGCCAAUCUAGUAUCAGCCAUGAGACAGCAAUUAGCUAGAGAACCACCAGCGCAACCGCCUGCGGAAACCCCUCCAGCACCUAACGAAGCCGCUUUAAGAAUCCAACAAGCUGAAGCAUUACUUAGAAGUCAAGCGGAAGCACUAAGACUCGCAGUAUCUCAAGCCGCCGCGGCCCACGGGAACGAAGCUCCAAGUCCGUUAAGACAUAAUGGAGGAUUUCCUCCGCAGAUUACUCCACCUAACGAUGCCAGUGGACAGUUGUCGCCAGAGUUAGUCGAGGCUUUCAGAAUCGCGCAGGAACAGAGAUUAGAGCAGGCGUUGCGGUUGCACGAUCCGAGGAUGCUAGGGUUCAAUUUGCCGUCGCCGGCGGUCGCUCAGCAGGCCGCGCAGCAGGUGGCCGCUCAACAGGCGGCCGCUCAACAGGCCGCGCAGCAGGCCGCCGCUCAACAGGCCGCUCAGCAGGCAGUGGCCGCCCAGCAAGCGGCCGCGCAGCAGGCCGCUCAACAAGUAGCUCAAGCGGCGCAAGCGGCUCAACAAGCGGCCCAGCAAGCCGUCCAGCAACAGCAGAUGCAGCAGCAAGCGCAAGCCCAGGCCCAGGCCCAGGCCCAGGCGGCCCAGCAAGCCGCGCAGCAAGCUGUCCACCUCCAGCAAAACCCUCAGCCAUGAAAAUUCAGCUACUACUAAUCUGAGGCGAUUUCGUUCUAGUUAAAAUUAAUCGUUUCAAUGUUUGGUUUCGGGGCGUGAUCGCUUCUGAUUAGUUAAUUUUGCGACGUUAAAAUUGUUUCUUUGGUUCCGAUUGCAAAUUAUACAUUAGUUAUAAAGAAGUCGCAUAACAAUAAUGGUACGUAAGCCUAGAUAGAACUAACUGUUGUAAAUAGGGAAUUAGCGAUGUUAAUGUAAAUAAACUAAAUGAAAAUGAUUGAACAAAAUAUGGAACACAAACUCGCUGCAAGAAAUAAAAUUAGAAAUAGAUACGAGAAAUAAUAUUCUGUGCAAUCUUCAAUAUUUAUUUGUUUUACGCGUUAUUAUUUAAAUGAUAUAUUUAUUUUUAUUAGCUUUAGCACGAAGCGGUGUUUCUUAGCUUAGUACAAACUUUGGGAUGUGCCAAACUAUUUUCGCACGUUUAUCGCAUUUAGCGACUAUGCAAUAAUUAGUUUUCGUUUAAAGUUUUCCAUAUUAAGAUAUUUUUACAAAUAUAUUAUUUAGGUGAUAUUGAAAUUUGUUAUAAUUAUUAUUCUUGUCUUUUCACGCAAUAAUGCUAUGCUAGUCACGUUUUGAACGCACAAAAAUCUAUAUGAAAUUGGAGACUUUAUUUUACUAUUUUCGAACACUUCAAACUGUCUUUCUUCGGCGUGAAAUGUUAAUUUUAUCAUUAUUAAAUGCCAUAUUAGAUAUAAUAAUGUAUAUACUAUAGCCACGUUACGUCUUUCGUUUCGAAAAAAGAAAUAUUUUAUUUUUAUUAAUAAAGCGAUUAUUAUUUGAACAAAAAAUAUAAUUAUUUACAAAUUAUUUUGUAGAGUUGUAAAUAAAAAAUACCAACUAUUAUUUUUCAGAAGACUGCCGUUACUUAUUCUUUUUUUGUAAAUACUUAAAAAUGAAAUUGUACGAAUAGAUAAAAUAGCGAUUUUUCACUGAAUAGACAGUUCGUCAGUUUGACAGAUUUAUCCGAACAGACAGACAGUCGAAGAUCCGUUAAAAGUCCAUCUGUCUUCGACGUAUAACCUUAAAAAGACAAAGACACGAGACAUUCUUAUCAACAUCGGAUGUUGAAGUAUGAGCCCAUUAUUUACAUUUUUAAUUUUACUUUUAACACAUUUAAAUGAAUCACAAUAGCCCAGUGAAUCAUUUUAACAAUAAACAAUACUUUUUGAAGCGUCAGCUUCGCCACAAUAACCCGAAGCAUCUAGUUGCUCCAUGUUGUCGCUGCAGUAGAUUUAGAAUCAAACCAGACCCGAAAAUGACCACUUUUCAAUUCAAUUCGAAAGAAAAACCAAUUUCGGAUACAAUUGGAAAGUGGUCAGAUCCCGGUCCGACUAUGAGAAUGUCAAGUGUUGCCGAAUAUAAUUCUUUUAAUAUUAUCAUCAUGUAUUAUAAAUAAGUAACAUUCUGUGUGUACAAAUUGGAGCUCAUCGAGUUUGUCCACACAGAAUAGUUUGUCUACGUAUAAUCGUAACAUAGGUAAGGUAUAGUAAGCUGAUUUUAACGUACGUAAUUAUUUCAUUCUUGAAUUAAUAUUGGUAUAUCCGUUGUGGGUAGUCGCACACAGCCGUGCGGCGACAUCUAGCGGAGUAUCAAUGUAAAUAGUGAACAAAAACACAAUGCAAUAGCCCAAAAAAUCGUUUAUAAUUUUUGUCGUGACGUUUGGUUGGUGGGUGGGAGUUUUUAAUUGAACUAUUCGUUUCAUUAAGAAUUUUAUUCAUUUUAAAUACAACACUUUUCGGCACAUUUUUCAAGUAUUUCUUUGGGGAGAUAUGGCCAGUUACAUCGAGACGAGCGGUUACCGGUAUAAUCAAUUUUCUAGGAAACGUGAAUACACAAUUGAAAAUAAAACAAUUUCGACUGAUACAAAAAGCAACCGAACAUUUUUUCGAUACAUACAAUAAAAAUCGUGAACGGAUCGCUAUUUAUGUAAAAAUGUUCUCAUAAAUUAAUAUAUAAAAUAAAUUUAAUAUAACAACAAAUGAAGUUCCUAUGAAUAAUGUAUAAAAGGUAUUGUUUUAAAUUUAGAUCGUAGUAGAAGGAAAAAUUUAUGGACGUUUGGGUAUUUUUAAAGUUAUAAUUAAUAAACCAUCGUGUUAGGGAACUGAACGCGAGUUGUACAAACAUACGGACUAUGUAAGCACGGACCGUGAAUCCUACAUUUAGAAUAUUAUAUCAAAAGUUACGUUUCCAUGAAAGUGUUCAAACGUAUUUUAAGCCUCGGAUUCCGUGCGAUUAAUGUAAAAAUAUUUGUGUAAAAAUAUACGCAUGUAUUUUCUAAUCUAAUGGAGUUUUAACGUAAGUUUUUGGAUUAGUGUCUGGAUGAUCGCGCGGGGUCCAGGCUUCAAUCUGUGAUCAUCGAAGGAAUAGUUAUAUCAGAUCGUGGCUGCAAGUUGUUUUAAGUUAUCGACGAAGAAUUUUUUUAAUGUUGAAAUUGAAAAAUAUGGAGUGAAUUUUUUUCUACAUUUAUUUUACAGACAAAUUUCCGUAGUUAAGCUGUGUACAUUUAAUACUAAUAAUAAAGCCUAAAUGAGCGAUUUACUUGCGUCGCUGGACCGGUCGUCGGGGGAAUCAAUUGAUUUUUUUCCAGCAAUUGAAUUCCUUUUCUGAAUCAAUUGAAUUUCAAUUGGUUGAUUUCUCCACGGCCCCAUCUUUUAGUGUCAAUAGACCUGGUUUUGUUUGAUGUGAACCUUGGAUGCAAGCAAGUAACUCCACCUGUUUGAUUCACUUAAUGCGCUGUUGGUUCAAUUUUUAUAGAAAAAUGGAUAAGACGCCUAAAUGUUCUAGUUUUAUUGGCUAUUAAAUAUUACGUUAUCGUUAUGUUACUAGGAGAAUUCGUUGAUAAUUUUAAAGCUAGCGUUUUCUUUAUGGUUUAAAAUUGCCACAAAAAAUGAAGUUACUGAGAAGUUUCAUAUAAAUUCUUCUCAAUCGGCAGUUUCAUGAGAAUGCGGCUUAUAAUUAUAAUUCGACUGAAUCGCAACUACAUCCAGCGAUUACAUUACAUUUUUUAUUUCGAAUUAAGAAAAAUAUUAUCAAUUGCGCGGAAAAAUUUUUUUUUUGCGCGAUUGAAAAUAUUAGUUGUUGAGUUUUCACUAUGGAUUGCUGUUGUUUUAACUUACACAUCCUUAUUGACUGUUAAAGUUCUUAAUUUAAAGCUUCGUCGUUUACGUUUUGUAUUUGAGCUUGUUUUAAAAUAUUUAGCCAAAUAUACAAUUAUUAAUCGUAUUUUUAAGAUAUAGACAGGAUAGCCAGGUUUUCAAUUUAAACUCACAUAAUAGUUAUUACCUUAUAUUGUAAGUUAGCGUAAUUAAUGUAAUGUAAUUCCGGGGCUCAGUUAUAAAGAAACAUUUAAAUUGGCUUACAAAUAAUAUAUCUGUUAUAAAUGGGCCCGCUGUAUAGCAUAGAGUAAGUCCAAGACAAAUUAAAAAUUAUAACGCUUUCUCUAUGCUAUGUGUUUGAGAGUAGUGAACAACGAAUAAAAAAACAUAAAUACAAAAAAAUCUGUGUACUUCAAUGUGCUUACAUGUCAUAAUAGUUAAUAUACUCUGUAUCGGUGUUUUCUGAGGGCACCAGGCCGGCGUCAUAUCCAUUUUUAGGUAAAAAUUACUAUUAAACAGUACGAAAAACACAAUUUUGACAAUAUUAGAAUUUAAAUAACGUUCUAUAAACAAAUGUUACAACUGUUUUGUAACAACCAAAUUUACAAUCGAAAUCAGUUUGAAUUUCGAAUUUGGAAUGUUCUAAAACAACUGACAGCGCAUAUUUCGUCUGUAACACUAGCCGAUCGAUGCCACAACAGGCAUUUGCGUUGUACAACUGUUAUUUACAAACUUUUGUAUUUACAACUAUUUAUGUAUUUACAAUUACAAGUUAUACUAUUUGUCCCUUUCAAUUGGUGAAUUCUAGUCUCAUUUUCUUGACGUCUCGUUUACUUUUAACGGGAUUUAAAUCUGUAACUUUAUUACAGUAUAUCCAACGUUAUUCUUUCUAUUAUGCUGUCAUUAGCGAGACAUUUAUACAGUUGUCAAAAUAGUAAAAUAUAAAAUGGCAGCUAUGAAUCGCGUUGGACUCUGUAAUUCAAAAAUGUCGUGAUUGCGAAUUGUAAAAAUGAAACUCUUUUGGAAACUAACAAAAAAUAUUAGUAUCAUAAAAUACAGUAUUUGGAUGAUAAAAAUUGUAUAGUGAUCGAUUAUUGGAAAUGCUGAAUGUAUAUGGUCAAAAUUAAAAGUAUUUCGGCGUAAUUUGUAAAAUUCCAAUUAAUUAGAGUUUAGAAUUAAAUGUAGAAGUCAAAAUUCGUAUUUGGCAUGUUAAAAUUAAAAAAAGAAUGUAAAUAACAUUAGGGAUGUGAUGUGAUGAUACUAUAAUUGUACCUUAUCGAUGUUUAGGCAAACAUACAUACAUACAAUACAAUUCGAUUAGACUCAUCGCGACAGAAUUGUUUUAGUUGUAUUUUGAUGUAUAGCGUAUUUUAAGUUCAUAUUUAAUAUAAAAAACGAUGCCAUGUUUUUUUUAGUUAGUUAUUUGUAGCGUUGAACUAUAACGUGUUUAUUGAAUUAUAUUUUUUAUAAAAGUUAUUUUUUUGUAUUUGUACUCGAUUGAUUAGUCAAUAACGAACUGCUAUGUAUUUAGUUAAGUUUAGUGUUGACUUAUGUUAAGCUUAUAUUUUUAAACAGAUAAUUACCUUUAUGAACAAACUAACCCUUUAUAUUAUUUUUAUUGUGGAAUUAUUAUUUUUAACAACGGAAAAUGCUUAUUGUGUCAUUGAAUUGAUAAUAGUAACUAUUAUUGCCGAAACGGUUAGCUAUAAUUAUUUUAAAAAAUAAAAAUGAUGAUUCA